CAUGGUAUUUUAUGUCACUCAUAAUAGUAAAUUGCCGAUGAUCAAUAAGAUGUAUAACAUUCUAUCCCAGACUUAGACCAUGUAAAUAUCAAAUUAGGAGAUGAUGAAAAAUAAGUUAAUCAAAUAUCAUCCAAUACUGUCUCUUAAGUUUAAUAACCUCAAUAAGUUGCAAUACCUAUUUAACAACUACCAUCUAAAACACAAGAUAUAUAAUUUCUUUCAUAAUUGUUUCAUUGUUUAUUUAAGGGACUUGCCAUCUUUGUGUAAUAUAAGCAUUAAAAUUAGGUUCUUUAUUCCAGAAGGCUUAUUAAAUUUGACAUAUUGUUUUAUUAUAGUAGUGAUUUUAUCAGCAAUUGAUUUUUGGACAGUCAAAAAUAUUACAGGAAGGUAAAACUAAAGAUUAUGAUAGAAAACUGGUUGGUUUAAGAUGGUGGUCAGAAGUAAAGGAAGAUGGAUCUGAGGAAUGGAUAUAUGAGUGUCAAGUAGCAAAUUUUGUUCCAAAUCCAUUCAAUUCAAAUAUAUUUUGGUUUGCUUAAUUUGGAGUUGUCUUAACUUGGGGAAUUUUAAUUUUAUUAGAUUUAAUCGGUUUUAGAUGGUUUAAUGUAAAAUUUAAAAUAAAAAUAGGCUGUCUUAGCAAUGACUGCAUUUUGUUUGACAGGAAUUAAUUUUGUAGGAUUUUAUAAAUGUAGAGGAGAACAUUAAAAGAAAGCAAAAGAAUAUAUGACUAAAAUUGGUUUAAAAGCUAUUUAGUAAUGGUGA